GGCUGGGGGCGAGGGCGGGGGCGGGGCCGGGCUCCGCCGCUUCUCCGGCCUCGUUCGGCCCACGGUCUAGCAGACCCUCGGGACCCCGCCGGGCUGGGCUGCCUCCCCGGGCGGCCGGAAGGCGCCCGGCGGGCCAGCAUGGACAGCCCCGAAGUGACCUUCACCCUGGCGUACAUCGUAUUCUCCGUCUGUUUCGUCUUCACUCCCAACGAGUUCCACUCGGCCGGCUUGACCGUGCAGAACCUGCUGUCCGGCUGGCUGGGCAUCGAAGACGUGGCCUUCGUCCAGUACCACCUGCGCAGGACCACGGUCACCAUGCUAGUCCACUCUCUGCUGCCUCUGGGGUACUACCUUGGCAUGUGCUUUGCUGCAUCCGAAAAGCAACUGUACUAUUUCAACCAGGCCCCAGAAGGCUGGAAGCUGUUCCUUCUACUUUCAGUCUCUUUCCCCACCAUCACCUGCACCAUCGCUUACUACUGGUCCCGGAACAGGUGGGACCGCCACCCCCUGGCCAGGACUCUGGCGCUCCAUGCCCUUCCACAAUCAGGAUGGCGCGCAGUGGCAUCUUCCAUCAACACAGAGUUCCGGCGCAUUGACAAGUUUGCCACGGGGGCUCCGGGCGCCCGGGUGAUUGUGACCGACACCUGGGUGAUGAAGGUGACCACCUAUCACAUCCACGUGGCCCAGCAGCAGGACAUCCACCUGACGGUGACAGAGUCACGCCAACACGAGCUCUCUCCAGACUCCAAUCUGCCUGUCCAGUUUCUCACCAUCCACGUGGCCAGCGUCAAUCCCCUCGUCAAAGCCUUUGACAUUCGGUUGAAUUCUACAGAGUAUGGGGAGCUGCGUGAGAAGCUCCACGCCCCCAUCCGCAACGCUGCCAAUGUGGUCAUCCACCAGAGCCUCGGAGAUUUGUUUCUGGAAACAUUUACGUCCCUGGUGGAAAUCAACCUACCUUACUCCAUUCCCAGCAACCAGGAGCUAGAGCCCUGCAUUGGCUGCAUGCAGACAAGUGCCAACAUCAAGCUGGUGAAGAACUGCCAGGAGUCAGAUGCAGGCGAGUGCCAGCAGUGUUACUGCCGUCCCAUGUGGUGUCUGACAUGCAUGGGGAAGUGGUUUGCCAGCCGCCAGGACCAGCAACACCCAGAGACCUGGCUCUCCAGCCAAGUGCCUUGCCCCACCUGCAGGGCCAAAUUCUGCAUCCUGGAUGUUUGCAUCAUCCACUGACCUGCCUAGAGCAGGGAUGCAUUCCUCGAGUCAAGAUGCACAGCCUCGGGUCAGCUGAGCUGGGGGAGCCGUUCUCAGGCUCUCUGCUUCCAAGGCAAAGGCCCAUCUCAGUAUCACAAGGUCAUCCACCCCCCUUGUUGUGUUUGGGAAAUGGCAAGCCUCAGCAUUCCCUCCUCCAGGCUUCUCAGGCCCAUCCUUGCCCUCCAAACACCAGCCUUUGUCAGCUGGCUGCACAUCCAUAUCACCUCAUUCCCAGAUAAGGGGAGGGAGGAGAGCCAGGGCAAGGCUUUAACUGCCAGACUUUGGAAGGAAGGUGGGAUGCCUCAGCCCCGUCCCUGCUGACUCUCUCUCCACACUUCAUACAUAGUGAAGGUUCCCAGGGCAAUUGCCCAUCAUCCUCGGUGUGACUAGACUAGCAAAGGGCUAUUUUUUUUUUAAUAACAAGUCAGACACUGUCCUGACAGGGACUGAACUUUCUUUUACUAAAGCUGUUUUUAAAAGUUUAUUCUUUACAGUUUUUGCACAAGUACAUACAAUUCUCCAGGACUUCUUCACCCACAUUUUGGGCCCAUACCUGCUCAUAAUGUAUAUAAAUGUAGAGGGUAGGCAUAGAGCAUAGACCUAUACUUAUCAAAUUUAUAUCAUUUCAGUGGGAAGUUUAAUUCUUUUACUGUUUAUUUGAUCUCUCUCUGUCUUACUGCACCCCGGCACCUCCCUUCCUCUUGCCUCUCUUCCUAUCUCUCUUACUCUUGUAUUCCUUCCCACCCAUGUGUUUUAUACUAGAUAAUCCACUAUAGGUCACAGGAAAGAGGGCUAAGUUCUGCAGUAGCAAAAUACAGUUUCCACAGCUUCAGUAACCAUAGUUUUAAAUGCAACCAUUUCCUCUACAUCAUCCCCAAACUAGACUCUUAUAGAUCAAUCCUUUGGGUUGACUACAGUGUUUAAAGUUGCUCCUCAGUAAAACUGUUAGGGACAAGAGCAAGCACCUUAAUUAACUAUAAUACAAAAGUCUGUACCAUAAAGGUAUUUUAUUUUUUUCCUUUAAGGUAUUUUAAAGAACAAGACUAGAAUCCUCUAAGAUUCAAAAGCCUACAACAUUGGGACAAAAGUAAUCAAUUUCAUUGUCAAAAUACACAGAAAACUCUUCCCUUCUUUACAGGGGUUGCAGUAUUUCUGGCCAUGUUGGGUACAUUUGAUUGGUCUGUUUGCUAGUAUUUACCAUGUUGGACAAUUGAAAGAGGAUCCCUUAAUAUAAAGGGUAUGAAUCCUCUCAUUCCAAUAAAGAGUAGGAAUCAUG